GAAACUCUUUGCAAGAAGUGAAUUUGGAAAAAAGGAAAGGGAAAAAGGGGAAGGGGGGAAAAAAAAAGCUUGCAAGCCAGGGGAAAAAAAGAAAGAAAAAGGAAAGAAGAAAGCUUUUUGCAGGAAAGAAGGGGUGGGGGGAGAGAGGGAAGGAGGAGGAGAGCCACUAAGAUCUCCCCCAUAAGAAUUUUAUAUUUUGGGGGGGGGGAGAUCGGUGGCAAAGGAGGGGUUUUUUUCCUUCCUCUUCCCCCCCUUUUGCUGUGUGUGGAUCUCAUGGAAAUAACCCACCUCCUCUGGCUGGCUGGGCUCAGGCUGCUUGCAGAAACCAGAAGUGAACAGGCGGGCGACCCGGAAGCCAGGCGAGACAGAGGGGGCCUCAAAAGCAGGGGAGUCCCGCUCGGGACCCUAGCUUGUAUUAACAGCAGUUUGGUAGGAACUGGCGAAGGCCUCUGAGCCCCUCAGCCCCGGGGACUGGUGUUUGUCCCUGCCUGCACCGGUGGGGGAACCGUCUGCCGCCCGCCAGCCUGGAGCACCGACUGCACAUAUCCUCAGGCAGCUGCGGCCAACGGGCUUCCGAGGCCAGCCUGAUGGCGGAACCGCGCUUUAACAACCCCUACUUCUGGCCGCCUCCUCCCACCAUGCCCAGUCAGCUGGACAAUCUGGUUCUGAUCAACAAAAUCAAGGAGCAGCUCAUGGCAGAGAAGAUCCGGCCGCCCCACUUGCCCCCGACCUCGGUCUCUUCACAGCAGCCUUUGCUGGUCCCCCCCUCGCCCGCCGAGAGUAGCCAGUCCAUCAUGUCCAUCCCCAAGCUGCAGCAGGUGCCCGGGCUUCACCCCCAGGCUGUGCCCCAGCCGGAUGUGGCCCUGCACGCCCGGCCAGCCACCAGCACCGUCACAGGGUUGGGGCUGGGCUCCCGGGCCCCCGCUGUCAGUACCUCGGAAUCCAGUGCGGGCACGGGCACCAGCACCCCCUCUACGCCCACCUCCAGCAGCCAGAGCCGCCUCAUUGCCUCCUCGCCCACCCUCAUCUCAGGGAUCACCAGCCCUCCGCUCCUGGACACCAUCAAGACCAUCCAAGGUCACAGCUUGCUGGGGCCCCCCAAGGCGGAACGGGGCCGCAAGAAGAUCAAGGCGGAGAACCCCUCGGGGCCCCCCGUCCUGGUGGUGCCGUACCCCAUCCUGGCCUCGGGAGACAUCGGCAAAGAGGGCAAGACGUACAGGUGUAAGGUCUGCCCGCUCACCUUCUUCACCAAGUCGGAGAUGCAGAUCCACUCCAAGUCCCACACCGAGGCCAAGCCCCACAAGUGCCCACACUGCUCCAAGUCCUUCGCCAACGCCUCCUACCUGGCGCAGCAUUUGCGUAUCCACCUGGGCGUCAAGCCCUAUCACUGCUCCUACUGUGAGAAAUCCUUCCGCCAGCUGUCUCACCUCCAGCAGCACACCAGAAUUCACACCGGAGACAGACCCUACAAGUGCCCUCACGCCGGCUGUGAAAAGGCCUUCACGCAGCUUUCGAACCUCCAGUCUCACCAACGGCAGCACAACAAGGACAAGCCCUACAAGUGUCCGAACUGCUAUCGGGCGUACUCGGACUCGGCGUCGCUGCAGAUCCACCUCUCCGCACACGCAAUCAAGCACGCCAAAGCCUACUGCUGCAGCAUGUGCGGGAGGGCAUAUACUUCAGAGACCUAUUUGAUGAAACACAUGUCCAAGCACACAGUGGUCGAACACCUCGUGAGCCAACAUUCUCCUCAAAGGACGGAGUCGCCCGGCAUCCCCGUGAGGAUCUCGCUCAUCUGAAUCCGGGGGAGCCCUCUCCUCACGCAGCCCCUCUGGCGUUCCCGAGCCGGGAGGGAGAAGGACCGGACAGUUUGGAAUACGCUCCCGAGGACCACCGAGGCCUCCUUGCCCGCCCUUCAGGGGUGUCGCGCAUCUCUGGCGGCCAGGGUGGAGAGACCAGUCUGGACCCGUGAGCGGUCCUGGCCCGUGACCCUGUUUGGGUGGGGAGCGCGGAGGCUUCUCCUUCCAUUUCUGGUGGCAGCCAAAGACGAUGCCAGCGAGCACUUUUGACCCUCUGCGCUUCCCUCCCCAAACACACAGACCCCCCUCUGGCUUUUUCUUUUUGUUUUUCGGAGCCCUGAGAUCGUCUGUGGUUUUUUUAAGACCGCGGCUGCACGGCAUGAUCGGUGGCGGGAGAGUCCUCGCCUGGCGCGAAGGCGGCGCCAACCUCUUCUGCACUCUGGCGUCACCGGGAGACCCUUUCGGACAAGAAAUGCCGCGAGGUGCCAUUUGAGGGGGGUCCCAGCAGGUGUGUGGCGCGGCCCCAAGCGAUAAAGGCGUGUUGGCCGGGGCCGAGAGCAGAGUUCCGGAGACGUUGCGUGGCAUGCGUUCCGAGCCACCGGCCAGGGCUUGGUGGCCAAAGUUGGCAGAGUUUUUCGGAGCGACAAAUCCAGGCAGGAUUGAUGCAUCUGGGCAUGCUGAGCGGGGGGGGGGGGAUGAGGGGGGCAAUCUUUAGAACAGGGCUGCACAACCUUGGCCCUCGGGGACUACAACUCGGCAUCAGCCACCGUGGCCAACGGGGGAUGAUGGGAGUUGUAGUCCAUCCUUUUCAGGAGGGCUGAAGACGGCCAGCCCUGCUUUAGAGGACGGGAAAGCGGAGCGGAGCACGGCGCAGAACACUGGGGCCGGGGAGGAAAGGGUCGCGCGGGCACGGACUGCAUGAUGGGUACAGGAGCAUCCCAUCACCUUAGCCUUGGGGGGCACCUCCUCUCCCCUCCCCACCUUAAUUGUGUGGGGCUAGCAUCUGCCUCUGCUUUCCCAGUGGAGAGGAAAGGAAGUUCCCCUGGCACUGUGGAGUCUGUUUCUCCUCCCGUCAUCUUCUCCCCCCCCCCAUCCAAGCGAAGCAGUUUCUACUGGGUUCUCGAUCUAGGCCACUUUGCUCUGCCCCCCGCCCUCCCCCCGACACACACACCCCCUACACGGACCUCUGUGUCCCUGCCACGGGGGAGGAAUGUUUAUCCAUGCUGGCGGUUUGAGGAAUCGAGGCAAAAGGGAAAUUGUUAAGAGUGGGUUAGAGUGGAGGCCCUCGGGGACUACAACUCCCCUCGGGGACUACAACUCUCCCCCCCCCCUCUUGGUUUAUGGGUGGCGUUGUGGCGGCGGCGUCUGCAGCGUCUGCCUCCCACUCUGGGGUCUCAAGUUGUCUGCCCACAGCUUGCAGAAAAGAGAAAUAGACGACCAGCCGGAGUAGCGAUGCCCGUUUUGGGUUCCGCCGCCCAAGAGCCAGGGAAGGCGAGAGGUCGGCACAGUCCCUGCUUCUGGGGUGACUUUGAACAGCUCCGUACCGAAGAGAGGAGCACACUUGAUCCCGCCUGCCCAGCCGCUGGGGGUUAUGGGGUUUGUAGUCCACAGCAGCUGGCACUAGUUACAGGGAACCCUGGUCCUGGCCAGUCUCUUUAUUUUGUGGCGUUUGUUGCCUUGCCUGGUCAUUUGGGAGCCAGAAGUGUUGCUACCGUUUCAUGGCGCCUAGAACUGCUUGGACAGCCCUCGGCGGGGUGUGUGCGUGUGUGUUCCCAAACUGCGGUGCUCCAGCUGUUGCUGAACUACAACUCCCAUCAUCCUCAGCCACAAUAAGUUGUAGCUGGGGGUGGGGGCGGUGAUGGGAGUUUUAACCCAGCCAUAUCUGGCAUAUCAGAGGUUGGGGACCCCUUUCCCAGGCCAUGCCAGGGCGAGUCUGGCCUUGUUGUGGCCAGUCGGCCUGAGGCUUUCCAGCUGUUGGAUCACAGCUCCCAUCACCCUCUGCCACAGCACAAUGCAGCAGGGUGCGAUGGGAUUUGUAGUCCAGCAGCCGUCUGGCGGGGCGCUCCCUGCGUCCCGGAGGCCGGUAUUCCCUGUAAUAUAGGCCACGUUCCCUCUAACAGGGAUUCCCAGAUGUUGUGGACUACAGCUCCCAGAAUCCCCAGCUUUUGCCCGGGGGUUAUGGGAGUUGUAGUCCACAGCUUCUGGGGAUACCUGUUAGAGGGAACACUGAAGAUAGGCUCUGGGGAGUGACCCCAUGGCAGGGCCCUUGGAAGCCCUGCUGCCGUGGAAGGGGCCAAGAAGCGAGGCAUUGGCCGACAGCAGGGAUUCCCAGUCGGUGGUACUCCAGACGUGGCUGGACUACAACUCCCAGCACCCCCUGCGACCAUUUAUUGUGGCUGAGGAUGAUGAGAGUUGUAGUUCAACCACAUCUGGAGUAGCGUGGGGGGGAGGGACACCCCCAUCCUACGGGUACCCAGGGGAGCCUUCCCGCCUAAGGUCAUCCACAAGACCUUAGGUGGGCCCUUCCUCCCCACAGCUUUUAAGUUUGGGGGGUUAUUUCCAUCUGAAUUCGCCUCCCCUCUCACAAAUGACUGCUAAGGACAAGAUUCUCUGCCCCAAGGUGACAAAACCUAGGGUUGUUUCAAAAAGCAAAAAAAAAAACCACCACUCCCACCCCGAAGCUGUGGGUCAACUGGCCAACCCCCCGAACCUCCCCUGUAGAUCAAGGAAGCACAACUUCAGCCCUCUGGCUGCUGUCUACACCCAUCAUCCCUAGUGACCAUUGCAGCAGGGGGUGAUGGUUGUUGUAGUCCAGCAGCAGCCAGAGUGUGGGGUGCCCCCUUUUCCAGCAAAGGGACAAAUAUCCCAUUCCAGCCCCAAAGUCGGAACGAAGCCCAAUUUAAUGCUCCCAUUACAAUGGCUUCGCUUGCCAACAUGCGGUGUGUGUGGAUGGAGCAAACCUAUAUAUAUAUUUUUGCAAUUUCUUUCUUCAGAAUGCCAUGCAGACGCCUCCACGCUGCCAGGAGGGGAGGGGGCAAAGCCAAACCUCCCCCCCCCGAAAUAAGCUAGACUUAAAAACCACCUCUAUCUUAUGUACUUUUCAGUUCCAUUUUUUGGAUAUGAAUUAACUGUGUAAUUUUUUAAAACACUUUUUAAGCCUUAAAAGAGAAGAAAAAUAUCAUUUUGGGUUUUGAUUUUAUCAGGUUGUUUAUCGCUGUUUAUAUUAAUUUGAUUUUCCUCUUUUUUUUAAACCCCGUUCGCUUUGGUCUCUCUCGGUUUUUGAAUCGAUGUUGUACGAUAUUCAAUAUUGUAGCCUUUUUUGGUCCGCAUGUUAAUAACUCUGUAAAUAGGACUCUUAUACAUCAUGUUAACACAUUUUUCUAUAUAAAAAAGCCCAAGCUGCAUCUAGCUAGAUCCCCAGUUAUUACCUUAUUAAUGGGGGGAAAGGAAGAAAAAAAAAUCUUUUCAAAUAAAGGUCCCCCCCCACCCCUUUCCUCGUCUUGAUUUGUGGAAACAGGAAGACAGGUUGGGGAGGACAAGUCUGUUCCGCCAACAGGGGUUUGCGUUGUUUAAAUUGGAAAAGGAAAAAGACAUUUUUAAAAAUGCUUUGUAUUUCUCUGUUGUGGAAAAAGGAAUAAUAAAAUGUCUUUGCAAGUUUGGGCUGGA